ACAGCUCCAGAACUCAACACCUGAGGAGAAAAGAGCCAUCAGUAUGGAUAAUGCGACUUAUUGCUACUCCACCGACUACACCCCACUAACUACUACUAAAUCCACUCGCAAAAUGGCGCAUUCCACUACCAUAAAUAUGGGAACCUCAGAAAAGGUCCCCAAGGACUACUUGAUUUGGUCCCUUUGCAACACUCUGUAUGUCAACUUCUGUUGCCUUGGAUUCCUGGCUCUCGUCUAUUCAGUAAAGGCUAGGGACCAGAAGACCCUGGGAAACUUAAGAGAGGCCCGGGAGUGCUCCGAAAAGGCCAAGUGGUAUAACAUUCUGGCAUCCGGAUGGAACCUGUUGGUGCCACUAGUGCUAUUGGCCGUACUGGUGCUUCUGCUACUUUACAUGAGAAGCAAUGAAGGAGCUCUUCCAUUCUUUGGAGAGCAUGGCUUGCAGAGCUUUUUCAGUCAUUUUCAGUAGGUCAAUCUGUCCAAAAAUGAAAGAUAACAAUU